AUGUUGCUGAUAGUAUCCCCCAGAAAGCACAUGAAGCUCGGGAGGAAAGAGAUCGGCGGACGAGCUAGGGAUAGGCUGUGGGGCCCAUUUGGGUCGGACUAUGGAUGUACUCAAGGUUAUGGCGAAGAGCAACCACGACGCCACAACACCCCCAAACAGGUCCCAAGCAAAUCUGGUGGACCAAUUGAGAGAGGCCUUCAAUUUCCUAGCUCUCUCUUUGGCGUGAGAUAUAGCCUCCGUCCCCGGGUCAUCCACAGCACCGCGCCAAUUGGGCAUUGUUGCGUGCAGAGCGGCGUCCGCGGCUCCCAGAGCAGCGUUGUAUUCAUUCUGAGCAUUUUCAGCCUUUUGCUGCGCUUGGUCGGCCUUUUCCCGAAGACUUCUGAGAGCGGCAUUACUCAGCUCACCACUGGCACUAGCGCCAAGGGCGACGGCGGCUGCAGCCUCAUAAAGAGCUUCACUGUCAUCAGCAGCGGCGGUUGCAUUCCUAGCUGCGGCGGCCUUAGUGAUAGCCAGCUCAAUGGCAGCGGCCUUGGCAGUAUCCUCCGCGGCGGGGCCCACAACGUCUGCGGUGGGGCUUGGGUCCGGGCAGCCGGUUACAAACGAGUAGCACCUAUUUGCGCUUACUUGUAA